AUGCUUCAGCGGAUGCAUACAACCUUCCAAACCGCAGUAUACCAUCUUACCCAAGUUGGGCACAUCAUAUGCGCUAAAGCACCUCCAGUCGCGUCCAUCAUUGAUCUGUAUGGUCGUUUUGCUGCAGAGAAGCUUACCAGACGAAUCAUACCCCAUGCGCGUGUUCUCAAAACCGGGGUUCACAGCGCUACCCCAUAUCUCUUUAGUGGAGCGGACGUUGCGUUGAUACCAUCUCGAGAUGAGCCCUUUGGUUUUGUAGUUGUCGGAUUCGGUAGGAAAGGUGCACUUGGUGUAGGAGGUUUGGGAUUAAUGCUGGGUUGGGUAGGUGUCAUAUCGUCGUUGAUAACGCGUGAUAGCUGGAGGGUGGGGAUAACGGCCAUCUCUCCCUUUGGUAGGCGCUCAUGGAGGAGUUCUUGGCUGCUAAGAGAGCUAUGCACAUAA